GCGAGGACAUCGGCGCACGGCGCGGACUUCGCCAAGGGCUGCCUUAUUUAAAAAGGAUUCCUCCCUCAGCCAGGAGCACGCUUUUCCAUCAAACUCUUCGCUUACCAUCGGCUUUGAAAUGAAGUACAAAUAUAUCGCCAAAGUUGGCGUUUCGCUGAUAUCGUUUCUCGUUAUCCUGUCCGGUUUGAUGUAUUACUUCAGUCAAGACGAAUGUCCGAGGGGGACGUUUCCCUGCGCCAACAGUACCGUCUGCAUUGCUCAGCGUGAGUGGUGCGACGAAGUGCCAAACUGCCCGUACGGAGAUGACGAGAAGGAGGAUGAAUGCUUCGAUUCCAACGGAAGUUGGGACUUUUUCUACUCGUCUGUAAUAAGCUCGGGCAUCGAAGUGACCUGCGAAAGUUUUGAACUACCAAAGAAAUGCCACCAUGGAAGAACGGCGUGUCAAGUGACGUGCUAUGGGGCAGGACUGACAAGGAUUCCAGAGAACAUGUCUUCCAACUUGACUAACAUAGUCCUGACGAACAACUCGGUUAGAACGAUAGGAAAAAAUGCGUUGCUUUCUUACGGACAGCUAACGACGCUGUUGAUGGACGACGAUGGGAUAGCGGAGAUUGAGCCGGGAGCCUUCAGGAAUCAGAAAAAACUGGUCUGGCUGACUCUGUUGAACAAUAAACUGACGGAGCUUCGCAGAGGACAUUUUACCGGACUGGAAUCCCUGAAGAUGCUCCUUGUCGAAGGAAACCGCAUCGAGUACGCCGAUCUCACCGAUUUCGAGAACCAAGCUUCCCUGGGAUGGAUCGGAUUGAAUAAAAACGAGAUUUGUUCGAGCUGCUUGAAGCUCCCUUACAUGCCACAUUUGAAGGAACUGUACUUGGAGAUGAACAAAAUCGAAGAAAUCUCGGAAGACUUGCUGUCCGAAUUGCCAGGUUUGACCGGAUUGAGCCUAAAGAACAACGAAAUUCGCACGAUACGUAAGAACGCGUUUAAGAAUCAGCAGAAUCUUGUGGAACUCAACUUGGCAUACAACGCGAUAAUCACCCUUUCACCACAUAUAUUCCUUCCGUUGGAAAAAUUGCGGAAAUUGAUCCUGGGCUUCAACCCGAUCGAUAAUCUGAACAUAGACGUUCUGCAUCCCUUGCAGGAUCUUCGAUCCCUGGACCUUCAGGAGAUCCAAAUCGAUAACAUGGACAAGAACGUAUUUUCAAUGUUACCCAAUUUGUCAUUCGUCUACUUCAAGAAGUUUCAUUACUGCACAACCUACGCACCAGAAGUCCAAGUGUGCCUACCCCGAAGCGAUGGAGUAUCUUCCCUGUCUGAUCUUCUGGAUAAGCCUCUCCUCAGGGCUGCGGUUUGGGGCAUUUCCUGUGUCACGUGUUUGGGGAACGCGCUGGUCCUUUGGGGCCGACUGACGGCCAGAGAUGAGAAUCGGGUGCUGAGUAUAAUGAUCAGAAAUUUGGCAGUCUCCGACAUGCUGAUGGGGAUUUACUUGUUGACAAUCGCUGCGAAGGAUUUGCAGUAUCGCGACGUCUACAACCUGAUGGCAAACGACUGGAUGAGUUCUUGGGGCUGCACGAUUGUUGGAGCUCUCGCGAUGAUCUCCUCCGAGGUCUCGGUGCUGAUUCUGUCGUUCAUGUCGGUCGAGAGAUUCUUGCUGAUCGCAUCGCCGCUGAAGAUCAAUCGUCCGUUGACAGCAAGGAACGCCUAUUCGUCGAUGAUAGUGAUAUGGGUUGUCGGCGUCAUCGUUGCUCUAAUACCGAUUGUACACUGGAGAAGUAGCACGAGGUUCUACGGGGCGAACGGUAUGUGCUUUCCUCUCCACAUCGACAACCCAUUUCUCGUCGGCUGGGAAUAUUCGGCGUUCGUAUUUCUUGGGAUGAAUUUCUUCGGACUCGUCGUUAUUUUCUACGUCUACACGGGAAUGUUUGCGAGCAUUUGGAAAACGAGACACGCGACGCCUCUUGCUGUGGGUGACUCGGAAUUUGCUUUGAGGUUCUUUUUGAUCGUGCUGACGGACGCUGCUUGCUGGGUACCGAUCAUCGUCCUCAAAAUCGUCGCUAUGACCAAGUAUCCGGUACCACCGGACCUUCACGCCUGGGUCGUCGUAUUUAUUCUUCCAGUAAACAGCGCAGUGAAUCCUUUACUCUACACAUUUACAACACCGAAAUUUCGAGAGCGUCUAGGCGAGGGCUGGUUUGGACAGAUUAGGAACAUCGUUAGCAGAAGACAAUCUGAUACGCAGAUUUCAAGAUCAUCCAGCAACAAAAAUGUUAUUCUGGUUUUGUCAACGGAUUAUAAAGAGCCGUUUGGCAUCCAAGGGAGUCGCUAUCCGACGCCUUUCAACGACGGCGGGUGCAACAGAAGCCUCAACGAUCACUCGUUCUGAACGAGCGAUGGAUAACGAACCUAUACAUUACUAUUAUGAUUACAAUUUUUUAUUUUGCUUU